AAAAAAGGGUUGAUUAAUUGAGUUGGGACCCCCAAAAACAACUGAUAGAUGCACUGCACUAGGAAGACAAAGGCCACACCAUUUCACUGUUAGCUAUUUUGUCAAUACACACUUCACCAGUAUACAGAACAACUUCAUUUCUAUUAACCCCUUCUUCAAUUCAACUCACAAUCCUUCUCUCUCCCUUCACAAAUUCAUUCAAAUAUGGCUUUAAAAAACUCUCUCCUUCUCAUUCUUCCUCUCAUAUUUUGCCUUUUUUUCUCUCACCCCACAUCAGGGCAUGAGGAUUCUUCUCCUUCUUCUUCUUCUUCUUCUUCUUCUUCUUCUUCUUCUUCUUCCUCUUCUUCUUCAAAGCAGAAGGAAUUGGUAAUUGGGUCAAGGCCACCACAGUGCUUCAACAAGUGCUUAAAUUGCAAGCCAUGUGUUGCUGCUUUAGUUAUUUCUCAGAACCAUAAAAAUGAUGAUAUUGUAGUUUCUAAUUUGGAGGCAGAUCUUCUUCCAGUCCCUAAAGAUGAUGCUUAUUAUCUUCUCUCAUGGAAAUGUAAGUGUAAAGAUAAGUACUUUCAACCUUGAAAUAAACAAAAAAAAAACUUUCAUUUUCUUUCCUUUGUAGCAUAUAAGAUAUUAAUUAUUAUUCUAUUUUUCAAACCUUAUCUUUUCCUAACACACUUUAUGUUAGUCCUGUGGAAAUCUACAAGCUAUUUAAUGAGAAUAUAAGUUAGUUGUUUUCGUUGAA